ACUAGGAACAUUUGGCGCAGGUUUCUGAGUUUACGCGUUUACACUAAAAGUAAUUUUCUCCAAACUUCUUAUUGUCUCUACUACUGUUCCUUAUUUGUCUUUUAAAAGUUAGCUUUUAAGCGCUUAUCAGAUAGUAUUUGACUUGUGAUUCUCAACAGAAUAUUUUAUACUCUGCCUCUAUCCAACUCAAACGGCUGAGGUUAUACAGCAUCGCUAACAGUUCUAUAGCUAGCUUCAUUUUAUUUCUCAUUUGAUGCUUUUCAGACCUUGUUGUAGAUAGCUACAACUUAUAGGUACACGCAUGAGAAUAUUUGUCAACACAAGAAGCAAGAAUUAUGGAUAAUUCGAGAGCAAAGUCACCCAACAUUGGAAAUGUUUUGAAUGCAAGAAGACUUGCGAGAAGGAAAUUACAAAGAAGUGCGAGACGGGAUCGAGAGAAAGUAGAAGCAGAAAAAAAGGAGGAAGAGGAAAAAGAGUCGUUAGCAUGGAAAGUCUUGUCAGAAGAACAAACUCAGGCACUAAAGGAACUUACAGUGCAUGAGCUAGAAGUGAAACUGGCUGAAGUGCUCUCUAUUGAAAAUUAUCACAUCUCUCUACCAGAAGCUUGCAUAUUGGAUUAUUAUGUGGCAGGGUUUUGGUAUCCUUUGGGAGAACAGGAUGUGAAAGAGGAAGACACCCAAUCAGCUGCUGUUUCUCAGCCAGAGGACCAAACUGCUGAAAAUAUUUUAGCUUCUGUUACACCUGGCAAGGUCAAAACUAUUGUCAAGAAAGUAGCAGAUGAGGUGUUAGGAAAUUUCCAGGCUGAAGUUGAAGCAAGACUCAAGGACAGAGAGACGGUCUUAGCUGGAAAAAUUGGGAAGCUGCAAACCAGAUAGCACAAUACAAAUUUAUUAAUAGUUAAU